AUGGCGAUCAAGUACCUCAUUCUGCUUUCGCGUCAGGGCAAGGUGCGCCUUGCCAAGUGGUUCACCACCUUGUCCCCCAAGGAUAAGGCCAAGAUCGUCAAGGACGUCACUCAGCUUGUUCUUGCCCGCCGCACCCGCAUGUGCAACUUCCUCGAGUACAAGGAUACAAAGAUCGUCUACCGUCGCUACGCCUCCCUCUUCUUCAUCGCCGGUUGCGACUCCGAAGACAACGAACUCAUCACCCUCGAGAUCGUGCACCGCUACGUCGAGCAGAUGGACAAAUACUACGGCAACGUCUGCGAGCUGGACAUCAUCUUCAAUUUCCAGAAGGCCUACUUCAUCCUGGACGAGCUGCUGCUCGCCGGAGAGAUGCAGGAGAGCAGCAAGAAGAACGUCUUGCGUUGCAUCAGCCAGCAGGACAGCUUGGAAGACAUGGAAGUCGAGGACGACGGCGUUACCAAGAUCGGUUAA